AUGAUGUGUCUGUUCCAGCGCGAGUUCAACGCUCACGCGAUGGUGUUCACGCGCAGCAAGCAGAUCAUCGCGCAGGCGAGCGAGUGCGGCAUCACCAUCGUCAAGAAAUACCCGUCGGACUGCGCGGAGCCGGUGAGAUGUAGGACGAAUCGGUUCGGAAUGCCCUAUGUGCGCGGCAUGUUCGCCAAGGCGAAGCAGAUGUUCGAUAGCGAUUACUACGGGUACAUCAACAGCGACAUUCUGCUCACUUUCAAUCUCUUCGACGUCCUCGAGAUCUGCAAGAAGAACGCCGAGCUCGGCAUCAUGAGUCUUCGCGUAGUUUCCACGUUUCUACGAUUAGGAAUAGCACGAAAUCGCGGGGAGAGUGCACGAAGUGGCGAAGUACAACCCGCUUCCCAACGAAAACCUGACCGUCUAUCUCAAAUAUCUUCGUUCUGCGGCGCUUCGCAUGCGUCCGCGAUGAAAGUUCCUCUCACGCAGGAUUACUUCAUUUUCUCGCGGUAUUUCAACUUCUCGUCGUUCAAGCCGGUGGUGAUCGGGCGUCUCAAAGUGGACAAUUACUUGCUUUCUGUGCCGUACGAAGCGCCCGAAACGCCGGAGGACUGGAAAUACGCGGUGGACCCGAAGGACGGGAAGCGUGCGAACAAAGGAAACCUGAUUAACACGUCGCAUAACGUGAUCGGGUUCCAUUUGGGGCUGGACGGAUAUCACCAUCGAAUGAAGCGGGAUCAUUUGAACUCGCAGGAUAGCAAUUGGAACUUGGAGUAUUUCCGCAACGUGCAUCGCUCGCAUGGAUCGCUGAUGUACUCCAAUUUCGUGUUUCCGUCCUCUCGCAAGGCAUUGAUGCUGGGCUAUGUGAAGGACUUGGAGCGACGACGAGCUUCUCUUUAGUGUGGAAUUGAAUGAAU